AUGCUGGCAGCCACUGUGGGUGCAAUUAAUACUGCGCCUUUGUCGGGGUCCAAAGAGAUGAAUUUGGAGGAAACAAAGAAGAUGACCACAGAGGACUGGAGAAAGAAGAAGCUAGAAGAAGAGUGAAACCUGGGUAAUUCUCCUGCAGAAGUUGAUGAAGAAGGAAAAACCGUCAACCCUCAUAUACUGCAGUAUAUCUCAUCUGUGCUGUGGUAUAUUGAUCCAUCUAAAAGACUGACUUUAAUGCACCGGAGGCCACAGCCAGAGAAACAGCAAUACAGCUCAUCCGGAGAGUGGUACAAGAGGAGUGUCAAAGAGAAUUCCAUAACUACUAAGUACCACAAAGGAGCCUAUGAAAAUUGUAAGGGCUGCUUUGAGAGGCCCAGGCAAGUUGGAGUCAAAUUUGCAGGCACUAACAUAGCCCCGGAUGAACAUACCCAGCCUCAGCUGAUGUGUGACUAUGAUGGGAAGAGGGGUGUGUGGAAUGGCCACAACCCAGAAGCACACAUGGCAAUUGUAGAAGAACAUGCCAAAGUUGAAAUGGCCAAACAAACAUUGAAAGCCCACAAACUCCAAGAAGUGUUAGCCUCAGGAAAAUUAGUGGAACCGGCUAAUUCUCCAAAACAUCAGUGUGGAAAGGAGGAACCAAAUUCUCAGACAAAAAAAAUACAUAAUAGUGAAGAUGAAGAUGAAGAUAAGUAUGCAGAUGAUAUUGACAUGCCCGGGGAGAAUUUUGACCCUAAAAGAUGAAUUAUGGUUCAGAAUCUGAGGAUUCGAGAAGCUACAGCAAAAUAUUUGAAAAAUUUAGAUCCAACCUUUGCCUACUAUGAUCCAAAAACUAGAGCAAUGAGAGAAAAUCAAGCCAAUGCAGGAAAGAAUCCGGGUGAAACGAGUUAUGCAGGAGAUAACUUUGUUAGAUACACAGGAGAUACCAUUUCCAUGUCUCAGACACAGCUGUUUGCUUGGGAAACCUAUGACAAAGGAUGGCAAGUGCAUCUGCAGACAGAUCCUAUGAACCUGGAGCUGCUGUAUAAGUCCUUCAAAGUCAAAAAGGAAGACUUCAAAGAGCAGCAGAAAGACAGCAUCCUGCAAAAGUAUGGUGCUCGGGACUCGGAUGCUCCCCUGGCUGAACUGCUGUUAGUUCAUACUGAAGAUGUGGAAUGCUCGAGACAUGGGAUAGUCAUCAAAGGGCAGCGGUGGGGUGCCUGUUGCAAGUAUGAGGAGGGUGUGAAGAUCCAUAAUCACACACACGCACACACACAAAUCUGUGGAUCUUCUUGGAUACAUGAACGAUGGGGAUACAAACGAUGUCACUCUAUUUUAAAGUAUCCCUAUUGUACCGGAGAAGCUGGGAAGGAGACUGUUAAUUCAGAGGAAAAUGUGAUACAUGAUACAGUUGGAGAAGAUUCUGAAAAAAAAAAAAAACUCAAACACUCAUGGAGAUACAUCAGGAAAAAAAAUGAAAGAAGAAAAAAAGAAGAAAAAAUUAAGAAAAAGAAGCAACAUCACAAGAGCAGUUCUGAUAGUGAAGAUGAAGAAAAGAAACAUGAAACAGGCACUCAAUGAGGAGCCCACCUUCUUCAGGAGGAGAUCAAGCAGGUUCAUGAGAGGAAGUGGCCUUGCAACAGCAUGUAUGAGACCCGAGACCCCACGGGAGAGGAAAUGGAGGCCUACCAAAUGAAGUGGCAGAAGGCAGAUGACCCCACGGCCUCUUUCCUAGGUCAGCAGUAG